AUGUCUGAAGAACCACCCAAGAAGAAACGGAAACAAAAUUUCACAGUACAUGAAAUUGAACGUCUCUUGGAGUUAAUCGAGAAAGACUAUGAGGUAAUUAGUGGCAAAUUUAGUGACAUUGUUACACUCAAGAAAAAACAAGAAGCGUGGCAAGAAAUAUGUAGAAAAAUAAACGCGACUUCACCAUGUCUACGAACAGUGGAUGAAAUUUUUAAAAAGUGGGAAGAUAUGAAAUCUAAAGUUAAGAAAAAAGCUAAUAAGGAAAAACAAGUAUAUUCCAAAACUGGCAACACGCCCCGCCAGGCUGCCGAUCUUUCAAACGCUGACCAACGUGUCAUUGACCUCUUAGGAAUUGCCAGGAUGUUUGGCAUAGAAGGUGGUGUGGAUACCCAUACAGCAGACAGACCUAACGACUAG